GAUGCGACGGGCGGUGACGCGCAGGUCGAGGACGCGCCGGGCGAGGAUGCGGAUGGGGCAAAGGACGCGCUGGGCGACGACGCGCAGGUCGAGGACGUGCUGGGCGACGACGCGCAGCUUGAGGAUGCGACGGGCGGUGACGCGCUGGUCGAGGACGCGCCGGGGGAGACUGAACCGGGCGAGGACGGUGAGGACCGCGAUGACCGCAACGACGACGACGAGGCGACCGGUGUAAUACCUCGCACGACCCCGCCUGCAACACCACCCGUAUGCGCAACGCGCAACGCGAAGGCCAACGAGGCGCGGGAGCGUGAAGACCGACCCGCCCUGCCCCAUACGAAGGCGACGUCGCCUGUUGACGGCAAGGUCGAGGUCGAGGCGGCAGAUGAGAGCGAGUUCGAGGUGGAGGAGGCAGAUGAGAGCGAAGGUCGAGGUGGAGGAGGCGACGAGCUCGGGAAGGCCCGAGGGGGAAAACGCAUCAGCAGCAAUUCGGCGCGGAAGGCACGGGCAGCAGGCAAGGGCAAGGCGUCGGCCGUGCCCAAGCGUGAGGACCCGGAGGUGGACAACUCUGCGCCCAAGUGGGAAGGGCAGUGGACCCUUCUCAUGCCCGCAACUGAGAAGAACGACAACGUGCACGCGAAGUUCAUGGGCAAGUGGCGAUGUGCGCAGUGCAAGAAGAGAGGCGCCACCGAAUGCGUCAUCCGCGGCCUCGGACGCAGGUGCGUCGCCUGCAUCACCGGGCAUAGAUCUCCAUGCGACAUUAAGACCUACUACGAAGCAGAGGCCGUCUACGUGAACGACCAGAAACACGGUCGAUACGCUGACCUUCCCCCCGCGCGCUCGACCACUGCCCCCACGACCUCAAAGAUCAACCCGCGCAAGCGGAUGGCGGUCUCUUCGAGCGAAGAAAUGUCGGACAGCCCGGGCGAGGACGACAUCGUAAGUCGCACUCCACAAAGCGGCAAGGCGAAGACGGCUGCGAAGCCCAAGACGAAGGUCGCCGCACCCGUCUCCAGGACGUCGGCGAAAUCGGCGACGGCCACGCCGAACAAGCGCAAGAAAGUCGACGCCACGCCGGAGGCCAAGCCGUCAUCGGCGAAGAUAUCGGCGCGCGCAUCAAAGCCUGGGCCGUCCCAGAAGACGGCCGACAACAAGAGCACGCGCGCCGAGGCAAGGGAGACGAUAACCAUCGACUCUGACUCCGAGGAUGACCAGCCCCUACGCGCCUUAGUUGCCGGUGCGGCGAGCAGCCCCGACGCUCCCGAAGACGCGAUGGAUAUCGAUGAGCCGCAGGUCGUCGACGGCAAAGGGAAGAGUAGGGCGGGCGACCUUGGGCAGCUGCCCGAGGCGGUCCAGAACGACAGCGAGCCAGACGACCACGGUUCCCCGUGGCACGGCGAUCGGAACGCGGUAGUGACGAUGGGCUGGCUCGGUACGCGGUGGAAGGAGCUGAUGGAGCAGAUCCGGGACCGCAUCGAGGACGAGGUGGAGAGCGCGGUGGGCUACCACAUUGCGAAGAUGCAAGCUGCGUCCAGCAAGCCGCAGGUCCCAGCUCACCAACCGCCCGAGGACCUGGUGCGCCGGCCGGGGUGGUACCCCAAAUACGACGGGCCGAGGCCUACGCCCAUUAACAACCUGAAGACCGAAAUGCUCGCGUCGAGGACCUCGAACGCGGCUGCUCCCUCUUCCUCGAGCGGCGCUGCGCGGUCGUCCUCAAAUCCCACAGUGUCGAGUUCUAGGAACGCCGCAGCGUCAUCGUCAAAGGACGACAUGGCCGCAUUCGCGCCCGACACCCCGACCCCGAAGCAACGCGGCGGCGGCUCGACAGCUUCAGCGUCGCGCAAGACCACGGGUGCCAAAAAGGCGGUCCACAAGGACUAGGACAGCUCGCGAUGUGUGAUUGUACGGACAAGGUUGGUCUUGAUAGUAUGUACAUACACAAACGCCGUGUCUUGCUGGGCUGCGUCCCAUGUCUUCUGGUCUCUAACGCUAUCGCACCGUGUCGCGUGUCGUCAGCGCAUAUCUUGUCAUACUCGUAUUGUUCUCGCUCGCUCGUCGUCGCUGCCGUGUACCCAGGUCGUACUGUAUCAUACUGUUGCAAUGUCAUAACGUGUACCAUGUCA